AUGGCCGUCGUAGUGCGGAGGCUACACAGCGUGCACCGCGUCACGCUCAGCCACUCCAGCGCCGAUCACUCCGGCAGCCGUCACUGCAGCCCCACAGCCUCCUACCUCUCCCCGUCGCUGGCCCGUAGCCUCCUACUCCCCGCGCACCGUAGCCCCUGCCGACCGCCGCCGUGGCCUCCUGCGCGUAGCCGCCGGCCUCCCCUCUUCACCGUGCGCCCGCCGCCGCAACUUCCUGCCUGCCUCUGCGGCCUCCUGCCCGUCGCCCUCCCGGCCGAGCCGCCGCCGCCGGGUUUCCUAAACGCCACCGGAGCCUCCUGCCCGUCGCCGCCUGCUGCAACCUGCAAGCCGGGACGCCGCCGCCAGGGAUGGGGGAUUGAGGAUUGGAGAUAA